CGGCUCAGCUCGGGCGCCCGCCUGCCCGCUCCCCGCCCACAUGGCUUCUCCGAACGACCCUCUGCGCUCAGAUCACAUGGCCAAGGAGCCAGUGGAAGACACAGACCCUAGCACUCUGUCUUUUAACAUGUCAGACAAAUAUCCUAUUCAAGAUACAGCACUCCCUAAAGCUGAAGAGUGUGAUACAGUUACUCUGAACUGUCCACCACAUUCUGAUGAGCCACAUCAGAGAGAAGAAAAUGGCUUUCCGGACAGUAUUGGCGAUCCCCUUUCAGGUGUCAGCAAGGACUCCCCCUGCAAAGAAGACUGCACUUGUUCCUCCUGCUCACUGCGGGCCCCAACCAUAAGUGACUUGCUCAACGACCAGGACUUAUUGGAUGUGAUCAGGAUAAAGCUGGAUCCGUGCCACCCAACAGUGAAAAACUGGCGGAAUUUUGCAAGCAAAUGGGGCAUGCCCUAUGACGAACUUUGCUUCCUGGAGCAGAGGCCUCAGAGCCCCACCCUGGAGUUUCUGCUGCGUAACAGCCAGAGGACGGUGGGCCAGCUGAUGGAGCUGUGCCUCCUCUACCACCGUGCUGAUGUGGAGAAGGUGCUGCGCAGGUGGGUGGAGGAGGAGUGGCCCAGGCGGGGGCGAGCCGACCGCCCCGACCACCACCGCUCGCACUUCUAGAUC